ACCAGGGGCACUGCCCGUUCUCUCAGGAACGCAUAUAAAAACCAUACAUCCAUCUUCGCGUCUUCCCUCUUUUUCUUCUUUUCCGUCCCACCAACCCUCCUUCAAUUUCUCUCUCUACCUUUCAUCCGGCCUUGACUCUCUUUCCAUCCGCCAAACCUAAUAAUCAGAUACAGUAUACACCACCAUGGCCAAGAAGACAAAGUCCAGCAAAAAGAUUUCAAAGGAAGCCCUGGUCCAGAUUGCGGCCGCACAGGCCCAGCACAACAAGACUCUGCAGCUGCCCUCAGUUACCCUAGUGGCAACCUCGGCCAUGGUUGCCGCUCGCGAGGCAUGUGCUGCCAAGGUCGAUGCCAUUGUCGAGGAAUGUCUGGCCAAGAACUGCAAGUUCCGCGAUUCCAAAUUCGAUCUGUUGAACGACCGUCGCAACUGCCUAUACGCGUCCUUGAUCAGCGAGACCGUCUACAAGGAUAUUGCAGGAACCAAGCGUCUGCCAGAUCUUUUCAGGAACCCAGUGUUCUUCUUGAACGGCGCCAGUCCUGAUGAUAUUAAACAGGGCUCUGUGGGCGACUGCUGGUUUGUGGCCUCGCUGGCCGUCCUCUCCAACAUCCCAGGACUGUUACAGCAGCUCUGCGUCAAGAAGAACGAGCAGGUGGGCGUGUACGGCUUCAUCUUCUUCAAGGAUGGCGACUGGGUGUCGACCGUGGUUGAUGACCAGCUUUUCUACAAGAUCGAACCGCAGUCGUUCCGUCGACAGCUUUACUUCAGCUCCUGCAACGAAGAACGCGAGUCGUGGUUGCCUCUCAUUGAGAAGGCAUAUGCCAAGAUCCAUGGCGAUUACGAGACCCUGACAGGAGGAUACACCGCAGAGGGGAUUGAAGAUUUGACUGGAGGAGUCGCCUCCAUGAUGUUUACCGGCGAUAUCUUGGACAGAGACCGAUUCUGGGAGGAGGAGAUGAAGCAAGUCAACAAGGCAACUCUGAUGGGAUGCUCAAUUAACUUUCAGGAGGAGGAUCCCGAGAAGCAUGGUAUCCAGUCUGGACAUGCUUACAGUGUCUUGCAAGUGGCCGAGUACAAUGGUGAACGCCUCGUUCAUAUCCGCAACCCAUGGGGCGAGGUCGAAUGGAAUGGAGACUGGUCUGAUCAAUCUGAAAAAUGGUCUCCGGAGGCCAUGGAGGCCCUCAAGCAGGAGGAUAAGAAUGACGGUCGCUUCUGGAUGCCAUACCGCGAUUUCUUGCGCAUCUUCACAACCCUCGACCGCUGUCGCGUCUUUGAUGCAUCCUGGUCUGUGGCUUCGAGUUGGAUCCCAUACAAUGUCGAACCCCGCUCAAGCGGCAAGUUCCACUUCACCUUGAACCAGGCCAGCAACACGGUCAUUGUCCUCUCUCAGCCAGACACACGCUACUAUGGCUCCUUUAACACCGAGUUCAUCAAUACGCUGUCGUUCCACGUAUACGACAAGGACGAGAAGCUGAUUCGACGCGCCAGGAUCACUGUCCCCUACUCGACGCGCAGUGUCAAUUGUGAGCUGGAGCUCGAGGCUGGAACUUACACCAUUAUCCCCCACGUCCAACGCGAGCCCACUGAUAUCGUGCCAGAAACCUCAGAAGGUGAUAGCGGCGAUAAUGCCGUGAGUCCCUCAACACGCAAUGAUGAUGUCCAGGUCCUGAUCGAGUCUGUGAAGAUGGAUAAGAGCUCGUACAUGUUCCAGCAGCGUAAAGCAAGUCUUAUUCGAUCCAUGUCAAUGGCUCGCAUGACUGGUCGUAAGUUACUGGGUGUCGAUGAUGAGGACUAUGAGGCCGAUGCUCUGCCCACUUCGUUCGAGGAGGAGCGCUGGCAGGUGAUGCUGGGCCUUCGUGUGUACAGCCACGACCGGAAGUUGACAUUGACGGGAUCGGCUGGUACACAUCCGUUGUUGAAGGCUGCUCAGGAGACCGAUGCCUUGGACACGGAGGAGAAGGAAGAUCCUGAGGGCGUUACAGCGACAUUGGCGGACAAGAAAGACUUGGUCGCCGACCCCGAGAAGACGACCGAGAGCGAACUGGCGCCUGCCAAGGAAGAGUAGAAGCCAGUCUCACGCAUGAGUCUCGUGUACAGAAUCCGCUAUAUAUCAUCAGAAAUAAACCCAACCUCACUAUAGUGCCGCGCUUAGAUAUCUAUUAAAAC